UGACAGGGUAUGUUUUCUGCUCCCUGGGGCCACUGUAGUGUUUUCAUCAAGGGGGGGGGGGGCUGCCUUCACUAUUUACCGGACUGUUCUGUGGCUGGACUUUUCUGUCGUCGACAUUGCCUCGAAGGACUUUCCCGGCAAAUAAACAACUUUUCGAACUUUUCGCGCAGUUUUUAUGUCCAGAAAGAAGGAUGCAACCCCCACCGAGAAAGGUCCGGGUCACCCAGGAGCUCAAGCAUACUCACACGGAUCAGAUGAGCCGAUUGCACAUCAAACACCAGACCGAGUGUGACCUCCUGGAGGACCUGAGGACUUUUAGCCAAAAGAGGGCGUCUGUCGAGCGGGACUACGCCCAGGCCCUGCAGAAGUUGGCCAAUCAGUACCUAAAGAGGGAAUGGCCAGAAAGCCCGUCAGAAGAAGAAGCGGAUCACAGGAACAUGUAUUGCGUAUGGAGGGACUACUUGGAGGGUACAGUCCAGGUCACCCAGUCUAGGAUCAGCGCCUGCGACAACUACAAAGUGCAGGUGGCCGACCCGGCCAAGACGGCGAGGCUGCAGAAGGAGCAGCAGCUGCGUAAGUGUAUCGAGCAUCUGACGACCAUACAAGCCGAGCUGCAGGAGUCCGUCAAAGACCUGACCAAGAGCAGGAAGAAGUACCAGGAGGCGGAAACCAUGGCGCAGGCCGUGCGGGAGAAGGCCGAGCUAGAAGCUAAGUCCAAGCUGAGCCUCUUCCAGUCCAGAUCUAGUCUGCAGAGGGCAACUGUCAAGCUGAAAGCUAAGAGGAGCGAGUGCAACUCAAAAGCCGCCCACGCCAGGAACGACUACCUUCUCACGCUAGCGGCCGCCAACGCUCACCAGCAGCGCUACUACGACACCGACCUCAGCGACUGCCUCAAGGUGUUGGACGGCAAGGUUUACGAGCAGGUGAAAGAUUACCUGGUGGCCCUCUGUCAAACUGAGCUGGAGACCUACAAGGCAGCGCACGACGUCUUCAACCGGCUCUUGGACAGCUCGAACCGGGUGUUGCAGGAGUUCCAUCAGCAGCUGUUUGUACAGAAAAAUCCCGUUUUCCAGAAAAUGGCGGACUUCUCGUACCAACCCAUCGACGAGGACACGGUGACACAUUUGCUGAGAGAGAGCGGCACGGCGGAGGAGCACAGCCUGGACAAGGAGGCCAGGAAGUGGGCCAGUCGCGUGGCCCGAGAGUACAAGAGCAUCAUCCACACGCAGAGGGUUCUGGAGGAAUUCGGCGCUCAGGAGAACUCGGAGCACAACGCGACAGAGCUCGACACCAAGAUGGAGGUGACUCGGCAGAGUCUACGGAGGGCAGAGACGGUAAAAGCGAAGGCGGAAGCCCGUUUGGCCUUGCUGAGGGAGGCGGGUGUUUCCGUGGAAACAUGGCUAAAAAGUGCCAUGAACCAGGUGAUGGAGGAGCUGGAAAACGAGCGCUGGAACAACUUUGGCACCCACGACCCUUCCCUCUCCGGAACCGCCGACCUGGAGCGCGAGGAGGACGAAGAGGAGACGGAGGACAGCGGCGAAGUUUUGGACGACAGUAGCUCCAGCCCCUCCAGCACGUUGAAAAACUACCCUCUCACGUGCAAAGUGCUCUACUCCUACAAGGCAUCUCAGCCCGAUGAGCUGACCAUCGAGGAGCAGGAAAUAUUGGAGGUGAUCGACGACGGCGACAUGGAGGACUGGUUGAAGGCCAGGAACCGGAGUGGACAGGUGGGCUACGUCCCGGAGAAGUACCUGCAGCUGCCGUCCUCCAACAGCCUGCUGAGCAUGCUGCAGUCCUUGGCCGCGCUGGACGCCCGAUCUCACUCGUCCAGCAACUCCACGGAACCCGAAAGUGAGCUCCCCACCGGCUCUAUCAACGGGGACUCCAGCGUCUCCUUCGCCAAGGCUCUGUACGACUACGCCGGGCAGACGGACGACGAGCUCUCCUUCCCCGAGGGCGCCAUCAUCCGCAUCCUGAGCCGGGAGACCCACGAAGACGACGGGUUCUGGGAGGGGGAGUUCAACGGCGUCGUCGGCGUCUUCCCCGCCGUACUGGUGGAAGACCUGGUCGGCGGCAGCGAGGACGGAGACGGACAGCUAGAGGGCAGCGCUCAGUCUUCACCCUGCACGCUGGCCCACUGCGAGCGCUCCCCCCGCAGCCCUUUCCACUCUGGGCCGCUCCACAGCAGCCCGCUGCAGACGCCCACCGUCUCGUCCCCGCAGUCCAGCCCCUGCAGCGCCUCGGCCUCGCCAAUCGGCCGACCCCCAUCCUAUCACAACGGGCACCACAGGCCGGCGCCGCACAAAAGCCCCUUUCACAGUCCCGCCCAAGGCUCCCCUCAGCCUCCCAAGUACCCGGAGGGCAGCUCAGGCACUAUCCGACCUGUCCGAGCGGCUCCUCCGCCCCCGAAGCAGCACCCCCGGGGGCAGGUCAAGCGGCGGGAGGAGGUGGAGAUCACGCUGGUGUGAAAGUGACGGCAACCCCGAGUAACUUUUGACCCCCCCCCCCCCCCC